AAGUAUUAUCACGUGGAACAAUUGAACCUGAUGAUCAAGAGAACCAUGGACCGGAUCGUGCUGGUGCAGGCGUGCGUACGGUGUUGGCUGGCAGUCCAAAACUACCGGAAAACCUUGGGGAAGAGAACUCAGAGUGCUGUAGUCCUGCAGUCAGCAUACAGAGGACACAAGGUAAGAAGACAAAUGGUUGAUGAUAAAGCUAAACCCAAAGAGGACACUACCAUUGUUGAAUUUCAAGCAUUAUGCCGUGGAUAUCUGGCGAGGAAGAAAUACAAGGAGUUAGUGGAUGAGAAGAACAAAGCUGCUACAAAGAUCCAGGCACACUUUAAAGGGCACAAACAGAGGAAGAGCUUCCAAAGGAGGAAAGAAGCCAUGCAAAAGGAGAACGAACAGAAUACAGAAGAGGUCAAAGAGGAUGCGCCGGUUGAGGAGGAUAAGUUGGCUGCAGAUUCAGCUCAGGAGGAUGGAGCAAAAGAGCCUGAGAAUGGCGAAGAAAAGACCGCUCCAUCUGAAGCUGAACCUGAAGCUGCUUCACCAGGAUCUGGAGAAGAGCAGGAGACCAAAGCAGCGACUGUUAUCCAGAGCAACUUCCGAGGAUACAAAGAACGCAAGAAGCUCCAAGAGGAAGGGAAGCUCCCAACAAAGGGGAAGAAGGACACAGACUCACAAACUCAAGAAAACGACUCACUUCCAGAUCCAUCUGAAGAAGAGAAGCCAGCGGAGGCAGGACAGGAACAGGAACCAACAGAAGCUACACCUGAUGUACCUGAUGUACCGGAUGGAGAGGAAGAAAGGACGGAAGCCGUCCAGGAUGCUGAGUCAAAACAAAACGACGAAGCGCAAGCACAGACAGAUGUGAACAAUUUAGAAAGUUUGACCAAACAUAUAAGCAGCGUCUCGCAGGACUUCCUGAUGCUGCAGCAGAAGCUGAAUCAGAUCAUAAUGGCUCAUCAGAUCAACCCAAGCAGCAACGGCAUGUUCACAAGAGGACAGGUCAUGAACAGUUCUCUCGGGACUGAUCAACAGCCCUCGGCCGGUACACAGCAGACACGGAUGUCCCGCCGAAGCACCAAACCAAAGACUCUGAGCACUCCUGAAGACUCGACGUACUACAGCCUCAUCCACCGGUCCGUCCAGGAGAGGGCGAGGAAGCAGAGCACUAAGAAGCUGUUGGAUGCCGAUGAUCAGUAUUACCAGAGUCUGAACAGCAAUACGUCCACAGGCGAGACGUCCGGAGACACAGAGAUACCAGAGUCCAAGACCCCCACGUCUAACACGCGCAAAUCUUCAAACCAGGACCGGAACUCUCUUCUCAGAAUGCUCUCUAUGGAAAACGAGGACAAUCCUCACGACUACAGGAAGCUGCUGAGGAAGACCUCUCAGAGAGGAAGGCUUAUCGAGCAAAGCUAGACUCUGUGUUCUGGGCUGAUAGGGAUCUAGGAAUACUUCCGAAAAUGAAGAACAUGGCUAACAAGAAAUGGAAAUGCACUAGCAUGAACUUGCACUAGCGUUUAUACGUUAACAGGUUAUUAGCAACCUGCUUUAAUUAGCAUCUCAGGAUAACGAUUCAUGUACAUAACUAAAUAAGACAGUUUACAAUCUAAGAAAUUGACUGACUGGCUGUUAAGUCAUCCUGCACUAUGUGUGUGUGCACUUUACCGUUGUCUCUUAUGCUUUGUGUACUUGAAUGUUUUUUUCACGUUUCUUGUGAUUCCCUUGGAAUAUCCUUGCACAGCUCUGGUGCCAAUAUUUAUGGUUUGGGCAUAGUUUUUAGCAUUUUUGAGCCUUUGCUAUGGCGAUAAGGAAGACAUCUGAGGACUACACUCUACGCUUUCUUAGUUAAAACAGCGGUCGGACUGAAUACGAAUAAAACUCACCCGCCGGAAAGGCUGAUUCACUGAAGGGGAAAGGACGCGGGAUGUGAAAGGCAUGCUUUUGCUUCUGGUUGCAGUUACGUUCGUGAACUUUGACCUGUGAUUUCAUAAACAUCGUUCUUCUGAGCCAAUAGAAAGCAAGAAGGCAGGGCUGUGAUGUUUUUUUUGAUCGGUAAAAAAAUGGAGGAGCUGCUUAUUAUGAAAUACCAGCAUCACUGAACUGUGCCUCUCUGUUAUUUGACUGCACCUCUGUUAAAAAUUAGUUAGCUAGCUAGCAUGACCUGACAUUUUCUUCAAAAUCACAUCAUCAGGACUACGAUGUUUUGAAUCACAGGCGAGGAAAACCUCACAGCAGUGACUUUUACAAAAUUGUGGAAUGUGCUUUUUUAUUUAAAAAAAAAAAAAGAGAGAGGCAAAAAAUAUGUCACAUUUGUGUGUAGUAAAUGUGCAAAGUGGAUUGUGCUGUGUGUCGCCAUUUCACAUCUUUCAAUAUGUAUAUACUGUACAGUACACCAUUUUCCAUUUUUACUUGAGUAUCUUUGGUUCCUGUUUGUGCAGACUAAUACGUUGAAUUUAUGUUUGAUCAUUUGCUUUCUAGUCAGCAAAACUGUAAAGAUCUUUAUAGUCUUUAUAAUGAUGUUCAGAUCAAUAAACACAAUUUGAUCCGCUAACUUGUUAGCUCAUUUAUCAUUUAGGCGGGUUUUUGAGGUCAUUUGGACAA